UAAUAAUAAUAACGAUAUUAGUAACAACAACAACAAUAAUAACCCAUCAUUUGUUAACGCAUCAAAGAAGCCAAUUUAUGGCGGGAUUUCCUUUGCUGAAACUUAUAGCCGUGGGAUUCUCCGCUUCUCAAAGAAAUGACACCUUGAGCUGUAUUCUUUUCUUCUUGUGGCACCAUGACAUUACGUGUUUAGCCCUCAGUAUGGCAAAUUUCAUUUUCCAAAAACAUCGAAGCCUAGGGCUAACAAGUAACUUAGCAGUGGCUGAUUAGGCCACAAAAAUGGCCACGCAUAUAAAAUAAAUGGCAAAGUCCAGGCACAUUACAGCAAGAACAAGAGCCAAUUUCGCCCACUGUUUUCACCUAUAUGUAUAUAUAUGCUCACAGACAUAACCUUCUCAAAACCAAAUAUCACCACACUUUGUGUGCUUCAAAAUCCAACACCACCACCUGUCAAAGUGUCUAUAGGAGGCGAAAAGCCUUAGUGCAAGACAAAGCUCAGCCCAAAUGGCAGAACUUCCACUCAACCUAUUGCCCGAUGAAGCAAGUCCAGCAUGGAUGAACAAAGGAGACAACGCGUGGCAACUCACGGCGGCAACUCUUGUGGGUCUUCAAAGUGUACCAGGCCUUGUGAUCCUUUAUGGCAGUAUCGUGAAAAAGAAAUGGGCUGUGAACUCGGCAUUCAUGGCCUUAUACGCCUUCGCGUCUGUGCUCGUGUGCUGGGUGGGCUGGGGCUACCAAAUGUCAUUCGGAGACAAAAUGAUUCCUUUCCUUGGCAGGCCUGAUGUUUCCUUGGACCAAAAGUUUCUUUUGCACCAAGCCUUUCUUGGGUACUUGCCUAAUGCGACCAUGGUUUAUUUCCAGUUUGUGUUUGCUGCGAUCACCUUGAUUUUGGUUGCUGGGGCGUUGCUGGGAAGGAUGAAUUUUCAUGCAUGGAUGCUGUUUGUACCACUGUGGCUUACCUUCUCUUACACUAUCACUGCUUAUAGUAUAUGGUGCCCCGAAGGUUGGUUAGCUAAGCGAGGGAUCAUUGAUUACUCUGGAGGAUAUGUCAUUCACCUUUCAUCCGGCGUUGCUGGUUUUACUGCAGCUUAUUGGGUGGGACCAAGGACAAUCAAGGACAGAGAAAGGUUCCCACCAAACAACAUUAUACUGAUGUUGGCAGGUGCUGGGCUGCUUUGGAUGGGAUGGAGUGGUUUCAACGGCGGUGAUCCUUACACUGUCAGUACAGACGCAUCUCUGGCCGUUCUUAACACUCAUGUCUGCACCGCCACCAGUUUGUUGACCUGGCUCCUUCUUGACAUCCUUUUCUUCGGAAAGCCCUCUGUCAUUGGAGCCACACAAGGCAUGAUCACUGGUCUAGUUUGCAUCACCCCUGCUGCAGGAGUUGUGCAAGGUUGGGCUGCAAUCCUAAUGGGCAUAAUGUCUGGUAGCAUCCCGUGGUACACUAUGAUGGUCCUGCACAAGAAAUUGUGGCUCCUGAAACAAGUCGAUGACACCAUGGCAGUUUUCCACACCCAUGCUGUUGCAGGGAGCUUGGGAGGCAUCCUGACUGGCUUCUUUGCGCAUCCUAAGCUCAACCGCAUCUUUUACUUGGUGCCUGACUGGCAGCACUACAUAGGACUUGCCUAUGGCCUGCAAAUGGGCAGGGCCUCUGCAGGAUUCAAGCAAAUGGGCAUUCAGUUGCUAGGAAUUCUCUUUGUGGUUUCUCUUAACGUUUUUGUCACUAGUAUUAUAUGCUUGUUGAUUAGGUUUGUAGUUCCAUUGAGAUUGUCUGAUGAGGAAUUGCAAACCGGUGAUGAUGCCAUUCAUGGAGAAGAGGCCUAUGCAUUGUGGGGUGAUGGGGAGAAGUACGAGUCCAGGCAUAAUUCAGUUUAUGGUGUUGAAGAGUUCGCUCAAGAUUUACCAAAAGGUGGUCAAGUGGAGAUGGCUUGAUGUGUCCGUGCUUAUCUGCCAAGCACAAAACACGACACUGAUAAUGUGACAGGGUUCUGUGUGGUUCCCACCUUGAAAGUCUUCCCUCUUUUUUCUCCAUGUUGUUGUGUUUUUACAUUUCUUUUUUUUUUCUUUGAUGGAUUCCUAAUAGGGGAUCGAGUGACAAAUAUGACUUGGAUGUACUAAUUACUUCAAAUAAGAGCUUAAAUGACAUGGGAUUUCUAGUGA